AUGGCCAAUACGGGGCAGUCGUCAAUCACUGUUGCCGUUCGAGUUCGGCCCUUCACUAUUCGCGAAGCUGCGCAAGUGCAAAAGAACGAUGACGGAACAGUCUUUCUGGGCGAUGGUUCUCUCGCCGGUGUCCCCGCACCGAAGCUGCACCAGCGUGGCAUUCGAAACGUCAUCAAGGUCGUCGACGACCGCUGCUUAGUGUUUGAUCCUCCCGAGCAUAACCCCAUCCAAAAGUUCUCCCGAUCCGUCCUCCCCAGCUCCAAGAAGGUCAAGGACCAAGUGUUUGCCUUUGACCGCGUCUUUGACGACACGACGACCCAGUCCGAGGUUUACGAAGGAACCACUAGAAGCCUGCUCGACAGUGUGCUCGACGGCUACAAUGCGACUGUCUUCGCAUACGGCGCCACCGGCUGUGGUAAGACGCACACCAUUACCGGCACCGCCCAACAACCCGGCAUCAUCUUCAUGACCAUGCAAGAACUGUUCGAGAAGAUUGAGGAGCGGAGCCAGGACAAGACCACAGAGCUGAGUCUUAGCUACCUGGAGAUCUACAACGAGACUAUUCGUGACUUGCUGGUCCCAGGUGGUGGUCCCAAGGGCGGUCUGAUGCUCAGAGAAGACAGCAAUCAGGCGGUGACGGUCUCUGGACUUACUAGCCACCACCCCAAGGAUGUCCAAGAAGUCAUGGACAUAAUUGUCCAAGGAAACGAGUACCGAACUGUGUCGCCUACCGAGGCCAACGCCACAUCUUCCCGAUCCCACGCCGUCCUCCAGAUCAACAUCGCUCAGAAGGAUCGAAACGCCGAUGUCAGCGAGCCUCACACCAUGGCUACACUGAGCAUCAUCGAUCUUGCUGGUUCCGAGCGAGCCUCCGUUACCAAGAAUCGCGGCGAGCGUCUCACCGAAGGCGCCAACAUCAACAAGUCUCUUCUUGCGCUUGGAAGCUGCAUCAACGCUCUCUGCGACCGUCGACAAAAGGCUCACGUUCCUUACCGAAACAGCAAGCUUACUCGACUUCUCAAGUUCUCCCUCGGCGGUAACUGCAAGACCGUCAUGAUUGUGUGCGUGUCGCCAUCGAGUGCGCAUUUCGACGAGACCCAGAACACGCUGCGAUACGCAAACCGAGCCAAGAACAUUCAGACCAAGGUUACCCGCAAUGUCUUCAACGUCAACAGACACGUCAAGGACUUUUUGGUCAAGAUCGACGAGCAGAUGGCUCUCAUCAACGAGCUCAAGGCACAGCAAAAGGAUGCGGAAAAGAUCUUCUUUGCCAAGUUCCGCAAGCAGUGCGAGAAGCGGGAUUCGACGGCUCGGGAGGGUAUUCAGAGACUGCGGGCGGCCUACGACAACUCUGCUACUGAUCGUCAGGAGCGCAUCAGCAACAUGAAGAAGUUGAAGAGCUUUGAACGUCGUAUCGGCAUGCUUUCUGGAUGGAUCGCGGCGUUUGACAACGUCUGCGAUCAGCGAGGCGAUGAGGAUUCGAUGCCCCAAAACCUGGUGGCCAUUCGAAAGACGGCGACAGGUAUUCUCGUCGAGUUGGAGAACAGCCGUCACCACAUUCAUCAGAAAUUGGAAAAGUCAAGCUGGGAGCGGGCCAUCGACACGGCUCUAUCGCACAGCUUGAAGCAGCUUCAGAGCACUGACGGCGCCGACAUGGGAGAGAUUAACAGCCUCACCCGUGAAGCUGAGCUCCUCAAGGCCAACUUUAACCGCGAAGCCUACCACGAGGUUCUGGAGCAGGACAGGGCUGGUGAUGCAGCCAUGGUUCAGAUGCUCCUCACUGCUCAGUUCGAGAUCCUCGCCUCUCUUUCUGACACCAUGGGCAUGGACGAGGAGUCGGCCGUGGCACAUGCCAAGGAGAUCAUCAACCGUCUCCUCCAAACUGGCUACACCGCUGCUGGCCAGGUGGUCAAGCCUGACGGCUCCAUGCCUGUGGUGGACAUUUUCCCACCUACUCGCCGCGGCACACCUAAGCGAAAGAAGACACCCUCUCUCCACGUCAAGCCCAUUGCGCCCCCGGUCUUCAUGGCCGCCCCGACUGAGGCUGCUCCUACCAGCCCAAUGAAGGCAUCCCCUCGACGACGUAGGGUGUUGGGAGCCUCCAAGAAGGGCGUCAGCUUUACCCCGGUGAAGAAGAACAAGAAGGGAGGAGUGCGAUGGCGAGACGACGAGUCAGAGGCUGGCACUCUGGCCGACUUUGAGAAGACACCCCAGAAGUUCAGCGACUCGUCUCCAGCGCAGCCUUCUCCUGAGAAGGCCAUCGUUGCACCUGCAGUCCCAGCUUACCUUGAAGAAGAAGAAUCGCUACAGCCUGCCAACGAGGAAUCGAGCCCCAGUCUCGAGGUCCCCGAGGUCAGCAGUUUGGGAGCUGCCAAGCCCAGCAGGUUCCAGGCUGGAUUCUUGUCGAAGGGUGCUAGGCACUCCCUUCGUCCUGAUGGAUCCCCUAUCCCGAAAGCUCCAUCCAUGAGCUUGAACUUGUCAUCAGGCUCCCCCGAGACCCAGCGAACACCCCCCUUGCGAUCACUAGAUGUCACUAAGACUGGCAACUUUUCGCCAUCGCCAUCUGGACUGGGCAUCCCACGCCCCACGCGACUCUUGCCGACCAUCAGCGAUGAGAACAACCCUCCAGGGUCUGGGUCGGACUCGGAGACGACGACCACUAUUGAUGCUCGAAAGCUCCGUAACGCUCUGCACUCUGCCAUGAAGGAAAAGGCUCGUAGGGCGAGCAUGAUGACAGGCACAGCUGCAUCCAACGCCAGGAGAGUAUCGUCAGUGGGAUCACUAGGCAGCGACCGACCUGGACCCAGGCCUAGUCUGCCUGCGGCCCUCGCCAGCAGCGCCAACGGCAUCUCUCGACUCCGCAGAGGUAGUGCCGAGCGGAGAAGAAGCCCGCCCAUGGUCUGUUCCCCCACAGACUUGAAGCUGGACAAGGCCUUGACACCAGGUCAGGCCAGACGAAUGAACAUGAACGGUGGUGCUCGAACAGAACACACUGGAGGAAGCCCUCAGGGCGGCAUGGCUGGCGGACCGCCCCGUCGGAUCACUAUUGGUGUCGGAGUCGGACCUGGAGGCGCGGGUGUGCGUCGACAGCAGAGCCAACCUAACAUGGUCUGGCGAUGA